GGCAGCAGUAGCAGCAGCUAGAGAGGGAGCAGAACCUGCAGGAAGAAUCAAACAGUGAUUCCCUGAGGAAAGACACAUCACUGGAGAUGUGGAAGUCAGUGGUGGGGCAUGAUGUGUCUGUUUCUGUGGAGACACAAGGUGACGACUGGGACACAGAUCCUGACUUUGUAAAUGACAUCUCUGAGAAGGAGCAGCGGUGGGGAGCCAAGACCAUUGAGGGUUCUGGAAGAAAAGAACACAUUGACAUCCACCAACUUCGGAACAAAGUGUCAGAAGAACAUGACGUCCUCAAGAAAAAGGAACUGGAAGCGGGGCCCAAAGCAUCCCAUGGGUACGGAGGCAGGUUUGGGGUGGAAAGAGACAGGAUGGACAAGAGUGCGCUGGGCCAUGAGUAUGUUGCCAAUGUGGAGAAGCACUCAUCUCAGACAGAUGCUGCUAAAGGGUUUGGGGGCAAAUAUGGAGUUGAGAGAGACCGGGCAGACAAGUCAGCAGUCGGGUUUGAUUACAAAGGAGAAGUGGAGAAACACACAUCUCAGAAAGAUUACUCCCGGGGCUUUGGUGGUCGUUAUGGGGUAGAGAAGGAUAAACUGGACAAGGCAGCUGUUGGCUAUGACUACAAGGGGGAGACAGAAAAGCAUGAGUCCCAGCGAGAUUAUGCUAAAGGCUUUGGUGGUCAAUAUGGUGUACAAAAGGACCGAGUAGACAAGUCAGCAGUCGGGUUUGAUUACAAAGGAGAAGUGGAGAAACACGCAUCUCAGAAAGAUUACUCCCGGGGCUUUGGUGGUCGUUAUGGGGUAGAGAAGGAUAAACUGGACAAGGCAGCUGUUGGCUAUGACUACAAGGGGGAGACAGAAAAGCAUGAGUCCCAGCGAGAUUAUGCUAAAGGCUUUGGUGGUCAAUAUGGUGUACAAAAGGACCGAGUAGACAAGUCAGCAGUCGGGUUUGAUUACAAAGGAGAAGUGGAGAAACACACAUCUCAGAAAGAUUAUGCCAAAGGCUUUGGUGGUCAAUAUGGGGUACAGAAGGACCGAGUGGACAAGAGUGCAGCCAGCUUCAGUGAGAUGGAAGCUCCAACUACAGCUUAUACGAAGACCACACCCAUAGAAGCUGCUUCCAGUGGGGCCCGUGGACUGAAGGCAAAAUUUGAAUCCAUGGCAGAAGAGAACAGGAAGCAGGCAGAAGAGAAACCACAGGAACGAAAGUUGGUGUCCAGGAAGCCUGCAGUGCCUACUCCAGUCCCCAAGAGAAUCCCCUCGGAGGAAACGUCUCAGGCAGAGAGCUGCCUGCCACCCAAGAUAGCACCCACAGCAACACACAAAGAGCUUCCUCCAGUGCCAACCCUGCUCUCAAAGAGGGCUCCCCCAGAGGACAAUGAGUGCCCAGAUAAUGAGAAGCCCCCAGCUCUGCCCCCCAGGACUCCUGAUAGGUUCCAGACCCUGGAGGAGCCAAACUAUCAACCAACGCCAGAGCCGGAGCCCCAACCCGAGCUGGAGCCUGAGAAUGACUAUGAGGAUGUGAUGGACUUGGAAAAAUCAGACUUAGGUGAAGAUCAAGAGAAUGAGUAUGAGGAUGUAGAGCAACGGGGUGAGGAAGAGGCAGAAGGUGACUACGAGGAUGUCCUGGACCCUCCCCAUGCCGCUGGAACUGCCAGCAUUGCAUCUAAGGCUGAAUCAACAGGGAUCUCAGCCAUCGCCCUGUAUGAUUACCAAGGAGAGGGCAGUGAUGAGAUAUCCUUUGAUCCAGAUGACACCAUCACUGACAUCGAGAUGAUAGAUGAGGGCUGGUGGCGGGGACGUUGCCAUGGUCACUUUGGCCUCUUCCCAGCAAAUUACGUCCAGCUCCUUUAGUGACCCUCUCUGCCAUUAUCCUACAAUCUGUCUCAAUCACUCAUUUGCCCCCUAGACCCUUUUCCUUUGCCUCACCCUGGUCCGACCAGGGACUUGUACCCCUGCCCUGUGCUCUGCCUUGCACUAUCAAAUUAAUAAGCAUUUAUUAAGUGCCUACUAUGUGCCAGGUACUGUGCUAGGCACUGAGGAUACAGAGGAAGAAGUGAAACUCCCUCAAGGGGUUUACAUUGUAUCAGAGAGGGGAGGGGAGCCAGAAUAUACAUAUAUAGUUAUAUACAAGAUGGGUUAUAGAUACGAGGUGAUUUUUGUGGGGUGGCAUGUCCUGCGGGAGGAAGGCAGGGAAAUAAGAAGGCAGUCUUCUCUGAUUCUCAAGCCACUGAGUAGAGUAAGCAGAUACAGAACCAUCAUUUAAUGUUGCCUGGCCUUCCCACCUCUUCCUCCAACUUUAGGCUGUCUCUUCUUUCCCAGGGACUCCUUUAGCCCAAUCGCAAGACUUUGUGAGUCCCCAACCCCAAACUUUGGGCUCCUGGCUCAGGGGUCCUGAUGUGGCAGUUGCUAAUGUGUCCCUUCCAUGGUUUGCUAAUGGAACCUGCUGCUUGGAAUUGGAAAUAAAGUGGCCCUG